AUGUCAUCCUCCAAAGAUUUUCGUGUGGCAUCAGCAUGCCAAUCAAGCAGAGGAAAGAGAAAAUAUAGUAGUCAUAACACUCUAAUAGACAAAUAUAUUGACCCAAACAAUUGUUCAUGGUAUGGUCACAAGCGAUGUUUUUCAAAUCAACCAAUCAAUGCUUGUUUGGAACAAGGUUUUGCUAACCAUAUAUUUGUCGGGUAUCAUUCCAAAAAAAUUUUUGAUUUUGGAAAUGCGACAAUUGCUCCUCGACAAGAUUGGCAACGUUUGUGGGAGAUUCGAUGCGAAUUGGAAGCUUAUUGUGGCUACCAUGAGUUGCCUAUUCCAAAAGCUACAUCGGCAGACAUGAACCGCAAUACAUGUGAAGAAGUUAAUAAGCUGAAGGAUCAACUACUUAAAGAAAUUAGGCUUAUGGAGAUGAGGCUAGAUAGAUAUCAUGCAGAACAAAGUGAAUUCCCAAGUGUAUACGACGAUAGUCAGUUAUCAUGUUCCAGCAAUUUCAACGUACACAGAAUGGACAACUCAAAUGAUAGUAGAUUAUUUAUUAACCCAGGACCACGUGAUCCUUCAUUGUUAUAUCUCCAAGCAUCUCAUAGGUCCCAAGUCGUGUGGGAUCAUCCACAAGAGGCCGGUGUAAUCACAUGCCGACGAUCAUCUACUGUAUUACACGGUCAUGAUAUUGAUGACAGGCUUAUCCCUUAUCUCCGUGCUAGUGGAUUUUAUGGAGCUGUUCGAUUAGGGUUCUUCCAUUUAGAUCACCACCUCAUAACAGCUUUGGUUGAGAGAUGGAGACCAGAAACACAUACUUUCAUGUUACCCCAUGGGGAGUGUACAGUUACACUUCAAGAUAUGGGUCUGAUAUCUGGAUUACCUAUUGAUGGCAAUGCUGUUACUGGGACUACAGGACAGCCUUGGCAAUUACAAUGUCAAGAUUUGCUUGGGUUGGUCCCGGAUCGUGAAGUUAUGAAGGGAAAUACUGUUGCACUCACCUGGUUGAGAGAUAACUUUGACCAAAUUCCAGAGUACGCUGAUGAUGUCACUAUCCAGAGGCAUGCUCGAGCUUUCCUAUUACGCCUAAUUGGUGGAUCGCUAUUCGUUGAUCGGUCUGCUCAUAGGGUCAAUGUAAUGUUUUUGCCACUACUCGCUGAUUUCAACACUUGUGGUCAAUAUAGUUGGGGUGCAGCCUGCCUUGCUUGGCUUUAUAAAGAGCUUUGCAGAGCAACAUCAUCACAAGUGCAGCAAGUUGGCGGGCCACUUCAUAUUUUACAGAUUUGGGCAUGGGACAGAAUCAAGACAAUAGCCCCUACCAUCUCCCAGAUACAUCCCCUUCCAGAUACACCGAUUGGCAGUCGGUGGAGUAAUGCAAGAAGUAUUACCGAAGUUACAACGCAUGUGUUGGUGCAACUUCGGUACCAACUUGACCGCAUGGAAGCCGAAGAGUUUAUAUGGGAGCCAUACUCUGAUGAUGUGGUGGACGCUAUGCCAGAUUACUGUCUACAGGGUAGACAAAUAUGGAGAUCGGUUGUUCCACUGAUUUGUUUUCAUAUUGUUGAGUGGCAUCAACCUGACAGGGUGCUGAGACAAUUUGGAUUUUCUCAACCCAUUCCACAACCACCACGUCAAACAGAUGAUAUGCAUUCAAUAAAAUUAACUUCUUCAGCUACCAACUGGAUGACCGAGAACCAACAUUGGAUUACGCUCUGGGAAUCAAGGCACCGACGGAUUGUGGCCAGCAAUACUAUGACACAGCCAUUACAUUACCAUUCACAGUAUAUGGAAUGGUACAGAAUGAUUGCACGUCGGUGGGUGUCUCAAAAGGGUGCAUCAAUCGGCGCUGUGGAGGAUGGUCUGGAGAACUGCCGCUUAUGGGCGAGUCAAGUUCGUCACCCAACAGUAGAUAAAAUUGGAAAUGCAGUUAAUUCAAUAUUUCAUGCACUUCGUUUGUUCGAUCGCAUUUCCCAAGUACCACCUCCACAGCCGGCGCCACCUUCCCAACCACUUCCGGAUGACGUACAUGACGCACCCUCCUCCUCCAGGAAUGCUCCACGACAACGUCGCCACACUACCAGGCCAUCAAGGGAGAUGGAAAUUCCACAGCCUACGCCAAAUCAAGGUGUAAUGCAGAUACCAUCACCAGUUGCAUUCCAUCCAUACGGCUCAUAUACAGAAUUGGGUCAAUCUUCACAAAUGCCAACUUAUGGAGACGAUUUUCAUAGUCAGUAUACAGGAUGGCCACCAGGGCCUUCUUCUAUGCCUUUUCAGUCGUUUACUCCAACUCCUUCCAAUUACGAUCAGACUGGAGGGGAAGGCAUGGCUAGCACGUCGUUCGACUUCUUCUCUCCUGGCAACCACAUACUCCAUCAGAGAGAUUUUGUUUUUGCAACUCAGGAUCCAGUUGUUGGGGAGAGUUCAAGACAUCGAUCUCAACCUCCUGAUUUAAAUAUAUCUAUGGCUGACGAUGAUGUUGGAAAUUCUCAAGAAACUCAACAGGAGCCAUCAUUUGACGGGCGUCGGUAUAACACAAGACGUCCUCAUGAGAGGAGACCAAGACAUUGUGGCACGGGCGGUCAUUUGCAUAGUCAUCAUUAG